AUGCUGGGCACUAAAUUAAUCUCGAACAAAGAAAAGCGAACAAAGGAAUCCAAUAAGAUGCGCCUCCGCCGCCUGAAGUCGAGGCUCGAGGAGAACGACCUCUCGUCCCUACCUGCCGCAGAUUAUGCCUCGGCCACAAAGUCUGCUACCAAGGCAGCUGCAGACCGCGUUCCGAAGUCCCGGGGAUGUCUUGAGAUGGGACAGUCUGGGCAUGUGUUGAUGCGAUACUCAUCGGGCUGGCCCUGGCGAACAAAACUUUCUAUUUAUCACGCGACGUUACACAUGGGAGACGAUGGCGCAUUAAUUUUUUCUAUCCUUGGAGGACCGGGAUAA